CCCCAUCCUAUUACCAGCACAAUCUAUCAGACACUCUUUGUCUCUGGUCAGGAUAGAAGAAGGCAGAGAGAAAAACUGGGGUUUGCCUGAGGAGAGCUGAAUUCUGGAGGAAGGGUACACAAACCCUUGGAAAGAAGGUUAAAAGAAGGCCCUGUAGGUCUUAGCAACUAGUAAAGAUCAUGCAAACCACCUGGCUCUUGCUACUGGGCUCUCUAGUACUGGCAACCCUUGCCUUUGCCAAGAAGGGUCUUGAGUUCCCACGUUACGAUGGAAAAGAUCGUGUCCUGGACAUAGAUGACAAGAACUACCGCAAAGCCCUGAAGAAAUAUGACAUGUUGUGCCUGUUCUACCAUGCUCCUCCACCAACCAAAAAAGAACUGCAGAAACAGUUCCAAAUGACUGAACUAGUGCUAGAGUUAGCUGCUCAGGUCUUGGAGGAAAAGGACAUUGGCUUUGGAAUGGUUGACUCCAAAAAGGAUUCAAAGGUUGCCAAGAAACUAGGUUUGCACGAGGAGGGCAGCGUCUAUGUCUUUAAGGAGGAUCGUGUGAUUGAAUUUGAUGGACUGCUCUCUGCAGACACUCUUGUGGAGUUCCUUCUGGAUCUGUUGGAUGAUCCAGUUGAGGUCAUUGAUAAUGCUCUGGAGUUGCGAGCCUUUGACCGUAUGGAAGAACACAUCAAACUUAUUGGCUUCUUCAAGAGUCAGGACUCUGAACAUUUUCUGGCUUUCCAUGAAGCAGCUGAACAGUUUCAGCCUUUUAUCAAAUUUUUUGCAACCUUUGAGAAAUCAGUUGCAAAAGAGUUGACUCUGAAGAUGAAUGAGGUGGACUUUUAUGAGCCCUUCAUGGAGGAACCAGUCACCAUUCCAGACAAGCCCCAUUCAGAGGAAGAGCUGGUGGCCUUCAUAUCAGAGCACAGGAGACCAACUCUUAGGAAACUCAGGGCAGAGGACAUGUUUGAGACCUGGGAGGAUGAUUUGAAUGACAUUCACAUUGUAGCCUUUGCAGAAGAGGAAGACCCUGAUGGUUUCGAGUUCCUAGAGAUUUUAAAGGAGGUGGCCAGAGACAACACACACAAUCCAGACCUGAGCAUUGUGUGGAUCGACCCAGACGACUUCCCAUUGCUUAUUCCCUACUGGGAGAAGACUUUCAAGAUUGAUCUCUUUAGACCACAGAUUGGUAUAGUAAAUGUUACAGAUGCGGACAGUGUCUGGCUGGAGAUACCUGAUGAUGAAGAUCUGCCUUCACCAGAAGAGCUGGAAAACUGGAUAGAAGAUGUGCUCUCUGGAACAGUCAACACUGAGGAUGAUGAUGAUGAAGAAGACAAUGAUGACGAUGAUGAUGAUGACGAAGAUGAGGAUGACAGUGACAUUGAUGAUGAUGAGGACAAUGAUGACAAUGAUAAUGAUGAAGACGAUGAGACUGAUGAUGAUGAUGACGAUGAUGAUGAUUAAUUUAUAUAUUGAUAAAACCUCAAUCAAAUAGAAAAAGUUCUUUCUGUCAAGAGAGAGCUAUUUUGUGUCUGAAUACCUUGACCGUAAAAUAAUUUUUUACAUUUUGUACAUCACUGGAAACUAUAGUGAUUUGUCCAUUUCUUGAUGACACAAUGAAAGAUUAAAAAUAUCUAUUUAUAAGAGUGAAAAUCAUGUAUUAUUCAAAGCAGCUUAAACUGGAAAUUGCUAAAGGGAUUCAAAUUAAAUAUUGCACUUUGUUAUUUGUCCUUGAAAUGAUGUCUUUCUCUUUGAACAUACAUUUUGUGAAGGCAAUCAUUCAAUCACAACCAGAAAACUUUUAAAAUGCAUAGGAAAGCUUACUGGAUAACUAAGGAAGCUCUUUUUUUAAAAACUUCUGGAAUAAAUUUCCCCUUAAAUUUA